CAGUUAGCCUGCGCCACCGCACCGGCCGGUGAAAAUAGAGCUUUUCCGACAUGGGUUGCACCGCAUCAAAGUUAGGUAACGAGGAUUCAGUCAGACGUUGCAAGGAUCGCCGCCGUCUCAUGAAGGAAGCUGUCUACGCCCGCCAUCACCUCGCCGCUGCUCACUCCGACUACUGCCGUUCCCUAAAAAUCACCGGAUCCGCACUCGCUACCUUCGCCGCCGGAGAACCCCUUUCCGUCGCCGACCAAACCCCUGCCGUACUACUCCGCACUCGUUCCUCUACCUCCACAACCACCACCGUCAAACCCCCUUCCUUUCAUACCUACGAGACACCAAAACCGCCGCCGCCGCCGCCGUUGCAGGUUCCCCGAUCUCCCUCUGUUGCGAGCUCCAAACUUCCACCCAUUCUCUCUGCUGCCCCUAGCCGUACCGCCUCCAUUAAUCAUCAUCAACGUCGCCCUAAGCCCACUGUCAAACUUCCUCACAUUCUUUCGGAAUCAAGCGAAGCUUCUACUUCUCCACCUCCCAAAUCUUUCCACCAUCCUCCUCGUGAAAACCCAGAAAAUAAUUACAGCUACAAUCCAGAUAAAUACACAUACAAUGCGCAAGCUAAUUACGCAUCAACCCCUUCGCAAGCUUCCUCCGUCUGGAAUUGGGAAAACUUCUACCCUCCAUCGCCGCCCGAUUCCGAAUACUUCAACCAACGACAACCAAAUUUCGAUACCGAAGACGACAAAUCCUCAAUCUAUUCGGGUUACAAAGAGCAGGGACAUCGAGAAAACAAUGAAGACAAGCGUUCGGUUUAUUCGAAUUAUUCACAGAAGAAUCACCAGCAUCAUCCGAAAACUCAAACUCAUCAACAACAAGAUGAUUACCAUCUCGAAACGGAAGAUGAUGGGGAGAGAGAAGAGAGAGAAGAGAGAGAAGAGGUACAAUGUAGCGAAUGGGGCGAUCACUACAGCACCACCAGCUCCACUUCCGAUGAUGAUGAUGAAGAAAUUGAUCGAGACUCCAGAUCCGAGAUGGAGAGUCGCUCUAAUUUCGGAUCCUCAGUUCAUAAUGAAUCGGUAGCUCCACCACCUUCUGCCUUCGCCUCUGCCCCCAAAUCGAAGUUCUCAACAAUGAGUAAAUCCGAAAAGUCUGACGAUGCUGGGUCAUCGGCAAGCUGGAAAACCGGCCACUACGAUGAUAAUUCCGAUAUGAGGAUGGUGAUUAGGCACCGGGAUCUAACUGAAAUCGUUGCUUCUAUCAAAGAAUACUUCGAUAAGGCGGCUGACGCCGGUGACCAAGUCUCAGUGAUGCUGGAAACCGGCAGAGCCCAGCUCGACCGGAGUUUUCGCCAAUUGAAAAAAACGGUGUAUCAUUCAAGUGGGAUGUUAACUAAUUUGAGCUCAAGCUGGACUUCGAAGCCACCAUUGGCAGUUAAGUACCGGUUUGAACCCGGUUCAAUUGGUGAACCAGGAGCCUCAAAUAGUCUCUGUUCAACACUGGAGCGGCUCUUGGCUUGGGAAAUGAAACUCUACAAAGAAGUAAAGGCAAGAGAAGGAGUGAAAAUUGAGCAUGAGAGGAAAUUAUCUUCACUUCAGAGCCAAGAAUACAAAGGGGAAGACGAAAGUAAACUGAACAAAACAAAGGCGUCGAUAAACAGGCUGCAUUCCCUAAUAGUCGUUACAUCUCAGGCUGUAUCGACCACCUCUACGGCUAUUGUUGGCCUACGAGAUGCUGAGCUUGUUCCACAGCUUGUUGAACUCUGUCAUGGGUUUAUGUACAUGUGGAGAUCUAUGAACCAAUGCCAUGAAGUCCAGAACCAUGUUGUUCAACAAGUUCGGGGACUAGUCAACCGUUCCACCAAAGGCGAGUCAACCUCCGACCUCCACCGCCAAGCUACUCGUGAUCUUGAAGCAGCCGUGUCGGCCUGGCACACCAGUUUCUGCCGUUUGAUAAAAUUCCAAAGAGAUUUCAUCAAAUCUCUCCACGGAUGGUUCAAACUCACUCUUCUUCCCAUCAACACCGAAGAAGCAAACAUCAACGGCUCUCAACCCUCCGAGGUUUACUUGCUGUUCGAUGAGUGGAAACUAGCCCUUGAUCGCUUGCCCGACACAGUGGCUUCCGAAGCCAUUAAAAGCUUCAUAAACGUCGUCCACUCAAUAUCUUUGAAACAAGCAGAGGAAAUGAAGGUCAAGAAACGCACGGAAUCAGCAUCAAAAGAGCUGGAGAAAAAGGCAUCAUCUUUAAGAACCAUAGAAAAGAAAUACUACCAUUCCUACUCCAUGGUCGGACUCGGGCUCCCGGACAGCGGACCAGACAACGGACACGGGUUGGACGCGCGGGACCCGCUUUCAGAGAAAAAGAGCGAACUGGUGGUGUGUCAGAGACGGGUGGAAGACGAAAUGGUUCGGCAUUCGAAGGCAGUGGAGGUAACAAGAGCGAUGACUCUAAACAACAUUCAAACAGGUCUGCCUGGAGUAUUUCAAGCCAUGACAAGCUUUUCUGGUUUGAUAAUGGAGGCACUUGAAGUUGUGUGCAACAAGUCUUAUGCCAUUAAAUAGCUUCUGCCUUUGAAUGUUAAAUUUCCCAAUUUCAAGACAAGAUAAGAUUUAGGGUUAUGAUUCAUAGAGUUAUAUGUGUUAUGAAGAGGAGGGGGUUAAAGAUAUGAAUUUUUGAGGAGGGUUUUGAUGUGUUAACAAAUGUAGAUAUAAAAUGUGGGGAAUUUUUGGGUUAUUUUUGUUGUUGUUUUUCGUUUUUGGGGAAAGAGAGAAGAAGAAAGCUAUAGAUGGAGAUUGCUUUUGUAUUACAAGUUCGCUUUUUCCAUACAUAAUAUUUGAUAUG